AUGUCGAAGUCCGACGAAGAUGGGUCGUCGCGCCUCGCGCCGACGCGCGCGAAACGAGCGCUUUUCCCGUCGACGACGGCGUCACCGCGCGCUAACGCCCCCAUUUCGCCCGUGGAGCAGGCGUCACGCAUGCUGCGAGCGACGACGCACCGGACGUUCGCGUCGAGCGCGCUGGCGUCACCGCCGUCGCCGCGAGACGAAGCGGCGACGAACACGACGCCGACGAAAACGACGCCCGACUUCGCAGCGACGACGCCGAUGUCGAAACACGUGCGCACGUUGGUGAAGAAUGCGAUGACGUCGCUCACGAAGGGGCGAUCGAGGCUGGAGGAAUUGGUCAAGAGUCACGGUCGUGGGCUGAAUUUUAGCGACGCAGGCGCCGCGGAGAGUCCGGUGGUACGAAAGAGCGCGCCGUCACCGACGGUGAGUGCGACGACAUCUUCGUUGGAUAGGGAAGCGGCGCGCGAAGCAACGGAGAUGCUGCUUCGUUCGGCGAAGAAGUUGGCGACGCCGAAAAAGGCACUUCGAUCGCCGUUGCGGUCCCCGGCGCCAGUGCAGAUGGACCGAGUCGUUCCCGGCGUCCCGAUGUCUAUACUCGCAGAUUCGACGGCGACUGAAAGUAUGUUGGUUCAAGAAAACCAAGUGAUGACGGAUGACGCCGCGUGCGACGAAGAGGUGACGUCGCAACCGUCGUUGCCUCCCGGAUUCGACGCGAGCGCGAUGUUGAACGAUGAAGACGCAGCAACGGCGGCGGCGCCAGUGUCGUUGACAGAUGACAUCGUCAGCCACAUAGACGUGUUUGCGCGCAUGAUGGGAAAGGUGAUUUCGGAUACAAUUGAAGAGAUAAGCGCGUCGCUCGACGUCGUGCCAGUCACCGAAAUCCCUGAACGGCGGACGAAUGUCACGGAGCCGACGACGCCGUCGCGUCGAAGUUCGCGACGUAAAUCGGUCGUCGUGAACAACGAGAAAUCCGCAGUUGACCCGACGACGCCAUCGCGAAGGUCUGGUCGCUCGAAGGAUCCGGUGACGCCGUCGCGGCGAUCGAAGCGCGUGGCGUCGCGAGGAAAGAAGUGA